AUGACUGGAAAUGCCUUGUCACCGACAACGUCAGACCUCACUAAUAAUAAUGAGGCAUAUAAGGAAAUAUUCCACGUUCCUGGCUUUUGCACGUACUGUGGCCAGAAGGAAAUGGAAAAACAAUCAGAACAAACUUCCAAUAGAAAGAAUGAUAACGGGUUUUAUCUUAAUAUCAUAAUUGGCAAUUCAAUCGACCUCAGGAUGAAUAGCUCUCAAAGGUUAAACUUCAAGAGAGACUAUGAGAACUUUAAGCUUAGAGUCACUUUGAUCAAUUUAGUAUUAUUAACUAUUACAUUCUUCUUUCCCUCCAGGCCAAUGGAUGCUGUUUGUCACUUCCUAAUGGUCUGGUACUACUGCACGUUGACGAUUAGGGAAAAUAUUUUAAUUAUUAAUGGCUCUAAAAUUCAUUGGUGGUGGGUAGCGCAUCACUACCUAGCCUGUGUAGUUGGAGGAGUAGCGCUUACUUGGCCUGAUGACGAAGCUUACCAUGAAUUCCGUCCACAAUUCAUUAUGUUCACAGGAUACAUUUGUUUGGUACAACAAUUACAAUAUCAAUACCAAAAUGGAUGUAUUCGUCGGCUGCAUGCCUUAGGUCAUGGAGACACGAUGGACAUAACACUCGAAGGUUUCGCCAGCUGGAUGUUCCAAGGUUUAACAUUCCUGUUACCUUUCCUUAUGCUAGCUUACAUAUUUGAAAUAUACAAUGCUUAUUGUCUGCUAACUAUCUGGCAUCGACAACAAUGUGUUUGGCAGGUGUUGGCAUUAGCUAUCCUCUUCACUGUUGUUGGAGCUGGAAAUAUUUUCUUUGUAACAAUGGUGCUAGCCAGGAGAAUGUCUGAUUCUGCCAAAUGCCGAAUAGAUGCCAUUAUCAAGAAACACCCUUCUUUAGAAAAGUUAUUACUGGAGAAGAAGGACGAAUGA